AUGUCUGUCCAGACGGUCUCCAUCCAGUCCUUCACUGACCAGAAGCCUGGAACCUCCGGCCUUCGCAAGAAGGUCAAGGUCUUCCAACAGGCCAACUACUCCGAAUCUUUCAUUACUAGUAUUCUUCUAUCAAUCCCUGAGGGUGUUGAGGGUUCCUUCCUCGUCAUUGGUGGCGAUGGCCGUUACUACAACCCCGAGGUCAUCUCCAAGAUCGCAAAGAUCAGUGCCGCCUAUGGUGUGAAGAAGCUCCUGGUUGGACAGCAUGGCAUUAUGAGUACCCCGGCUGCUAGCAACCUCAUUCGUGUGAGGAAGGCAACUGGUGGUAUCCUCUUGACUGCCAGUCACAACCCCGGUGGUCCCGAGAAUGACUUUGGUAUCAAGUACAACUUGGCCAAUGGUGCCCCCGCUCCCGAAGGUGUUACCAACAAGAUUUUCGAGACCGCGAAGACCCUCACCUCCUACAAAUACCUCGAUGUUCCCGAUGUCGAUACCUCCACCAUCGGCAUCAAGAACUACGGCCCCCUCGAGGUUGAGAUCGUCCACUCUACCGCCGACUACGUGACCAUGAUGAAGGAGAUCUUCGAUUUCGAUUUGAUCAAGGAGUUCCUCAGCUCCCACAAGGACUUCAAGGUCCUGUUCGACGGCAUGCACGGUGUGACCGGACCCUACGGCGUGGAUAUCUUCGUCAAGGAGCUCGGUCUGCCCACCAGCAGCACAAUGAACUGCCAGCCCAAGCCGGACUUUGGCGGCGGUCACCCCGAUCCCAACCUCGUGUACGCCCACGAGCUCGUUGAGGCCGUCGACGCCAACGGCGUGCACUUCGCUUCGUGUGCCCCCGGUGAUAGCUUGGCCAUCAUCGCCCACCACGCCAAGCUCAUCCCCUACUUCCAGAAGCAGGGUGUAUACGGCUUGGCCCGCUCAAUGCCCACCUCCGGAGCCGUAGACCGCGUGGCCAAGGCCCAGGGUCUGCAGAGCUACGAGGUGCCCACCGGCUGGAAGUUCUUCUGCAACCUGUUCGACGAGAAGAAGAUGUCGAUCUGUGGUGAGGAGAGCUUCGGCACUGGCAGCAACCACAUCCGCGAGAAGGACGGCCUGUGGGCCGUCGUGGCCUGGUUGAACAUCAUUGCCGGUGUUGCCAAGCAGAAGCCCAACGAGACCCCCAGCAUUGGCUCCAUCCAGAACGAGUUCUGGCAGACCUACGGCCGCACCUUCUUCACCCGCUACGACUACGAGAACGUCGACAGCGAGGGCGCCAACAAGGUCGUCAGCACUCUGUCCGACUUGGUCGCCAACCGCGACACCUUCGUUGGUUCGGAAAUCGCUGGCCGCAAGGUCGUCGACGCUGGCAACUUCUCUUACACUGACCUCGACGGUAGCGUCUCUAAGAACCAGGGCCUGUACGCCAAGUUCGAUGAUGGCAGCCGCAUUGUCGUUCGUCUUUCCGGCACCGGCAGCAGCGGUGCCACUAUCCGUUUGUACGUUGAGCGCUACGAGGCCGACAAGUCCAAGUUCGGUCUCACUGCUCAGGAGUACCUGGCUGAUAACAUCUCGCUGGCCCUCUCUUUGCUCAAGUUCAAGGAGUAUGUUGGCCGCGAGGAGCCUGAUGUUAAGACCUAA